GUAACGGAGCACGGAGCAUCGUUCUCCUUCGCACGGCGCUUCUUCGUGCGCUUUUAUGUGCCCGAGAGCCUCCUCUCCCUCGCCCUCGCCACUCCCCCCUCUCUCUCCCUCUCUCUCCCCGCAACAACCAAACCCUAACCCUAAACCCGAUCUCUCGUUCCCUCUCCUCCAUGGCGUCGUACGCUUCUUCCGACAGCGACCGAGACGACGCCCUCGACGAGGACAUGGAGGCUCUGCGCCGGGCGUGCAUGCUCACCGGUGCCGACCCCGCCGACGCCCUCGGCGGCUCCGACUCCGACUCCGGGGGCGAGAGCAGCGACUCCGACGACCUCGGCCUCCUCCGCCGCCUCCAGGAGCGGUUCUCGGUGCCCUCCGCCGCGGCGGGGGCCUCGGAGUCGCUCCCCUUCGUCAAGCCCCUGAGCAUCCUCCCGCAGUCGGAUUCGGACGAGGAGGACGAUUUCGAAACCCUACGCGCCAUCCAGAGGCGGUUCUCUCACUAUGAGAGUGAUGCUCUACAACGAACGUCUGAAAGUUUUGUACAAGAAGCUGAUGACUCGGGUUUGAUGUCAAAGCAAGGCACCCCUGAUAUAUUUCCUAAGGGUGGAAAACGAGGUGUUCUAAGUGAAGAGUAUUCUGGCUCUACUGCGAAAGUGUCACACCAUGGGGAGAAUAAAUCUCUCAACUUCAAUGCAAGGACCCUUACACAUUCCCAGUUUCCAAAGUCUGCACAAGCCUUGGUUGAUGCCCUCAAGAAGAACAGGUCAUGCCAGAAAUUCAUCAGGCGGAAGCUGAUUGAAAUUGAAGCAAAGAUUGAAGAAAAUAAGAAACUGAAAGAUCGUGUUAAAUGUCUUAUGGAUUUUCAGGUUGCCUGCAAAAAGACUGCGGGGCACAUUUUGUGCCAGAAGAAGGAUCCUCGUGUCAGGUUAAUCUCAAAUCAAAAACCAAGCAGUAGGCAACCUCAGAAGAACACGUGCAGGAAAUUACCUGUCCUAUAUUAUGGCCCAGAAGAGAACUCUCAAGUUUCAAAAUACAAACUGGUACAAGAGCGAUUUCCCGUCUCACUUCGCAAACAACCAUGGUCAAAUACAGAAAGAGAGAAACUAGCUAAAGGAAUCAAGCAACAAUAUCAAGAGAUGUUGAUGUGCAAUCUGAUGAAUGCUGACAGUAACAUUGAGGGUCUCCAUGGUUCAGAUAUGAUGCCUGCACUAUGUAGCAGUGAUCUUGAAGUCCCUCCUGAAAAGAUUAGAUCUUUCCUUCCAUCAGUAAACUGGGACCGAUUGGCCACUCUGUAUUUACCGGACCGUUCUGGCGAGGAGUGUGAAGCAAGGUGGUUGAACUGUGAGGAUCCGUUGAUUAAUCAUAAUCCUUGGACCAUGAUGGAGGAUAAGAAGCUUUUAUUUAUUGUCCAAGAGGGAGGCGUUUAUAACUGGAUUAAUAUUUCAAUUUCAUUGGGAACACAUAGAACUCCCUUUCAGUGCCUUGCACGUUACCAGCGAAGCCUUAAUCCUCAUAUACUGAACAGGGAUUGGACAGAAGAAGAAGAUAUUACUCUCUGUGCUGCUGUAGAAACUUUUGGUGAUAAUAAUUGGCAGGCUGUAGCUUCUCAUAUGGAUAGUCGUACAGGGCCUCAAUGUUCUAACAGGUGGAGAAAAACCUUAAACCCUGAUAGGAGAAAGGUGGGGAGGUGGUCUGUGGAUGAGGACAAGCGCCUGAAAGUAGCAGUAAUGCUUUUUGGGGCCAAAAACUGGAACAAAAUUGCACAGUUUGCUCCUGGUCGGACUCAGGUUCAAUGCAGGGAAAGGUGGCUGAAUUGUCUCGACCCAUCUUUAAAUCUGCAAGCAUGGACAGCUGAAGAGGACUCGAAAUUGUUGGAAGCAAUAAAUGAGCAUGGUUAUUGCUGGUCUAGGAUUGCAGCCUGCAUUCCUCCGCGUACCGAUAGUCAGUGCAGGAGGAGAUGGAAGGUUCUGCUUCCUCACGAAGUGCCUUUACUCCAAGCUGCAAGGCAAAUGAAAAGAACCGUACUCAUAUCUAAUUUUGUCGAUCGGGAGAGCGAGAGACCGACAAUUGGUCCCAAUGACUUUACUACCGUAAUUAGUUCUAAAAGUGGUGAAACUGUUGAGAAGACAUCGAGUGAUCAAACAAAGAAGAUGAGAACCAAGUCUAAAAGAUGUCGCAAGGAAAAUUCAGCAGCAGAUGGACUGAUGGAAUCUUCUGCUGGUACAGCUGAGGACGUCAGAGUUGAGAGGUCAACAAAAAGGUCAUCCAGCAGUAGUCGCCAAAGGAAGUCCAGAGAUAAAUCCAGGAAAACAGAUGAAGAAAAUUUAACUACUGAUGGCAUAGCAAAUCCUUCUGGUGAUAAUGUUCCUGCUAACAUGCCUGGUUUGCAUGGUGUGAAUUCUUGUACUGCUGAGAAGAUGGGCAUUAAGCAGAAAAGGGAAACAUCAAGCAGCAACUCAAGAAAGAAGUCGAGAAAUGAAUCUGGUAAAUCACCAGGAGACAAUUUUACACCGCGUUCCAUGGUAAAUACUUCUGCUAAUGUGGAUUCUUCUGGCUUGUUGCUUUAUAGUAAUGGAAAUUCCCAUACUGAUGAAAAUGGGAACACUACAGGAGUAGAAUGCCAACAUUAAGCGCUCAGCAAUUAAACAAGUAAAAAGGAAAAUCAGAUCGAUUCUCGGAAUAACUUUCAAGGGUUGAAAACAUGAUAAAUUCUGCUGAACGAGCUCCUGCACUGUUAACUGUACCCAUUUUGUAAGCUUGGCUGUUGCUGAAUGUGGAAUCACAUGAGGGCAAGGAAGAGAUUUAUUUGAUACCGAAUUAUAGAUAGUUGUGUUUGUGCUCUUAGCUAUGCUGAAAAUCAACAUUACAAAGCUGAAGAAAAUGAGAAUAUCUUGCAGGAAUUGUUUCAAAACCGAAAAGAUUCAACAUUGCUGAAACUCCUUACAAAAUUCCUUACAGUCAAAUCGCACAAGAAAAAGAAAACCACAAGGUGUUCUGGACUAGGUUAUUUAACUCUCUUGUUCGCAUCGAAGAUUAUGGCCUUGACAUCUGCUAACAAAUUUUUUUGUUGGGCAAUCUGAUCCUCGACCGCACAGGGAAGAUUCGAAAGCUCCGAUUCAGAAGAAACCCACUUUGUUAGCUCGAGCAUCGUUCACUUUUUUGGCCAUAUUUAGGUGGUUUUAUUUGUUGCUGUGAUGCCAUUUGUUGUUACACAGGCUACUUAAAAGGGCAUCAUUAACUUUAAUGUUGACAAUUUUAGCGUGAUGCUGUAGUCGGGAAUGGUGUUUAUCGCAUGCAGUUUGAAGCAGCCUAAAGUGAGAAGAAAGUUCUGAGAAGAACCAAAUGUUAAGAGUGAAGGCAUCUAGUAAGCAGGAUGAGUUCCCUCCUAUUUAACCAAUUGAGCAAUUUCAACUGGUCUGCUGGAGCAAUUUAGUAGCUUCUUAUUAUCAUGUUGUGGCGAUGUGUUUUUAACAGUUUGAAAGAGAAGGAAAAAUGAUAUUUAUGUAUGAAUCUAAUUCAUAAUGAUGGUUUUAGAUUCAUAAAAUUGUGUCGUAUGUCGGAAAGUUUCUGCAUGUGUUUUCAACCUCUUCCUUGAAAUGAUCUCUCCUCUACUCAAUCCUCCCAUCGUUCCUGGGGAGGUGCGGCAUAAUUGAAACAGAUAUUAUUGUGUCAUAACAUUUGUCUCGUGCUUGCGAACGGGCAUUUAAUUCCA